AUGAACAGGGAAGGGGAAUGGGAGUGGGAAUGGGACGGUGCACUAGCCAUUACCCUGAGAGACAAAAGCAAACUCAAGACACAUACAGACAAAGACAUUGAAAAUGUGAUUGAAGACAUUUUCGACCAAAUUGGUGACAAUAGCAUUGAUAUAUCACUCAAUGGAUCUCACAGUGAUGUCCACCAUAUGAGCCAUGACUCGAAAUCAAAGGUCAAGAAGUGGAAGAAUGGCAGCAAAUCGUGUGACACGAGUGUCGGCAUAACACUCAUCCCCACCGAUGAAGAUGUGAAGUCCUCUAAGAGUAGGUCUUCUAAAAGUAGUGGUGAUUCUCAUCCGUCGAGACUACUUCUAUCCAAAGCUUCUGAAAGAUAUCAGACAAACAGAUCUCAAGACUCGAGUUCAGACAAUUCGCACCAAACAUAUCGAGUAAAACCAAAAACGAGCCGAAAGUCAACCGAAGACAUACCGAAAGGACAGAAACCAUCCAAACCUCCGAGAACUUCAGUAUUGACUAAGGAAUCAGCCAUUGAUGUGAAGACAUCUCAUGAAUUGGGCGAUAACUCACCGGAACUAUUGGAUGACUUUAGUAUCGAGAUGUUGAUGACCAGUGAUAGCUCUUCCGGAUCAGUUAAGACAGUGAUUGAAUCCAAGAGUCGUAAAAGCAGUGAAUGUGACACUUCUCUUAUGGUCAAUGAAUCCAAUGUGUCGAUGCGACCAAUGGGUCCAUUCGAUGACAAUAUGACACCCAAUCAGACCAUUAAAUACAAAAAGGAUGACAAGAGGAGUAAAAGAAUUGGUGCCAAAAGUGAAGCAGUCUUUCCCCGUUUCCAAAGUGAUCCCAAUUCAACUCAUAUGACAUUCACUGAAGUGAUUGAUUUGGCAUUUGAUGCUCUCAUCAAAACCAUCGAUGAUUUGAGCGAUUAA